CUUGUUGCCUAACGAAAAGUCUUUACGCCAAAUGCAUUACAUAUUUCCGCGAUUACAUGUAAAUAAAAAUACACUUUCGGUUUAUCCAUUUUCGUUUUUAUUACCGUUCGGUAAACAAUAAAAACACUUGCGAUAUUGAAUUGGUUUAAUUACAAAUUAUUUCCUUAUAAAUCAAUAUAUAUCUUUACAUAGUACAUGUAUAGAUGAUUUGUAAUUCUAUUAAGGAUUAAUUUUGUAAAUUCUUACCUUCCAAUAGGACUUUAUACAUAUUACGUAGCAUCUAAAAAUAGCUUGGAAAUUCCAUGAAAGGAAGUUUUUAUGUUCAUGCCAUGUUUGGACAACUUGAUUACAGGGACAGAAGGAAUAGCGGAUUAAGACCUGGCUCCAAAUUUAGAUAUCUCGUCGAACAAGUUCAUGAACAAUCUCCGUUGUGUGACUUUACAGUGAAAGUUAAAUCAUGGACAAAACGAUUUCAUCGAUGCGUGCUUGUCUCAUGUCCUUUUUUUGAUAGAGCGAUGAGAGGAAAUUUUACAGAAAAGCGAACAGGACUGGUGGAUGUAAGUGUUGGUACCCCAGAUUCAGUUGAGAUGGCAAUCAUGUACCUAUAUGGCGUUGUGCCAGAUAUAAGCAUAGACAAUGUAAAGCUUCUUCUUCAACAAGCAGAAUACUUUAUGAUUGAAGGUCUUAAAACUACUUGCAUCAAUUGGCUUCGUGAUUUUGAAAUUACGGAAAAAACUUACAUUUAUGUACUGAAACUCGCUUCGGUGUACAAUUUCGAAGUUCCAAAUGGUAUGGCUUACAUAGAAAGCCAUCUGCCCGAAGUUUUCAAAACCGAAGAUGCACUGUAUUUUUCAAGGGAAUUAAUCCAAAAGCUAUUUACUGACGAACGACUCUCUUAUGUAUCAAUGGACGAACGUUUAUCGUUUUUAAUGCACUGGGUCAAAAUUAACUCGUAUGAGACAAAAGCAAAUGUUAAGGAACUAUUUGACACAAUUGAUUUACAAGAUAUUACCGACUCUCUUUUGCGUGAAGCUUCUUGUGUUGGCAUAUUGAAUGAGAAUAUGUUUUCAAGCGAUGUGGAAAGCACAUUACAUGGAGGUGAAUGUAAAUGUGAUGUUUUGAUCAUGACCGGUGAGAAAGGUUCCCUCUUGUGCUUUAAUCCUCAAAACGACACGUGGUAUAAACUGAUUCCUGAAAACAGCAACGACAUUCUUUAUAGAAAUAUUUCUGGCAUACGGAACACAAAACCUGAGCUUUAUUUUACUAAAGGGGAAGGUCACAUGAUGCCAAUGGUAACAACCUUGAAUAUAAUAACUAACGAAAUAAACACAUACAAGUUUACGCUGAAAGACGAGGACAUAUCUAGGGAAACAAUAACAAAUGUAUGCCUAGCAGAUAACACCUUGCUCGUUCUCACCAGAAAACAUGUUCAAAUUAUAGAAACACUUGCUGGUAAUCAAACUAAAAAUAAAAAAAUUGAUGCUGAUUGCCCUGGUACUUCAUCAAGUCACAUCGAUUUAGAAUCAUCACAAAAAAGAGUCAGAAUACCGAUCAUUUGUGAUGAUGAAAGAUUAUACCCAGAACAUUUUAGGAGCGAGGACCAGAAUAUAACUGUGAAGGACACGGUUAAUACCGCAGUUCAUGCUGGCAGUGUUACAAAUGAAAAUGUAGAAGUAGUACCAAUAUUUUAUUUGCGAAACAUUGACAUUUCACGAGUAUGUUUAAACAGCACACUUUCUACAGUGGCUUUACUUCCAAAAGACCAAAGGUCUGUGAUACUGUUUGAUCUUAUAAGUUACAAAAUGGAAACAUUUUGUUUAGAGCAAGCAACUCAUUAUAAAAUGUCUACGACAAACAAAGGAUUUGUUAUAUAUAACAACAAACGUUGUUAUUGUUUGACAAAUAUGUACUGGUCACUACCAUCUCAAAGGUACCUGAUUGAGCUCUUUGAGCUUGAAUCCGAUGACCAUAGGACAGACUACCUGUUUUGCAAUGGUUUUUGGGUCAAGUUUUUAAAAAUAGUAUCUUAUAUUGAUCCAAAUUUAGAAAUGAGCUUUAUUCGCCACGAAGAACUUCUAAUGAGUAAAAGCCCUACAGACUUAAAAACUUAUAAACUCUUAUCAAGCAAUGAAAUGUUUGGUGUGCAAUUAUCAAAGAAGAAGCUACGCUGUCACAUCCAUUGUCCACACUGUAAAUAUUCUCAGCGACAAAGCUCCUAUAAGGCUUCCAGAAUAUAUUUCAGAUAUACAGACCCAGACGACCAGAUUUAA